AUGGCACUAAUACAUUUUAUUGUGUUGAUGUAUAUUCAUAUUUUUGUUGAAUUUUCGAAUGGUAUCCAAAUUCUUGGUCUCUUUCCAAAACAAGAACAGCCAUUUUCUCAUGAUCUUGAAUCUCACAACGCUGUUCAAUGGUCAACCCAAUCAAUGGCCAUGUUCCGUGCUGCCAUCUCGCUUUCUGAUAAAUAUGGAAUUCGUGUUGGUGGUCGUCCUAUCAAUUAUAGUAUUGUCGAAACAAUGACCACUGUUAAUGGAUUUUCUGCACUUCAUCUGAUAUGUCAGCACAUCAACAGUGAUGAAGAGGAAGGCAUAGUGGGCAUUGUAGGGCCACUUACUUCCAAUGAUGUUCGAUUUCUGGGUCCACUCGUUGCUCAAAUUGGUUUACCACUCGUUUCAUAUGGCGCAACAAAUGCUGAUCUUUCCGAUAGUCGACUAUAUCCGACUUUCUAUCGCACUAUUUCAUCUGAUAGCAUUCUCUGUCAAGCUAUUGUAGAACUUUUCCAACAGUUUUCAUGGGCAACAUGCGUAAUGAUAUGUGAAAAAAAUGACUACGGCUACGGUGGAUUAAAAUUAAUGUCCGAACAUUAUAAUACAAUAAUAUCGAUUAAAGAACAGAUAACCUUCGAUCCGUGGUCAAAUACAUUUCAUGUCGAUUUGAAGUCAACACUACAAUCAAGUCGAUCACGCAUUGUACUCGUUUGGGCAAAUCAGACUACAUCGACGACAAUCAUUCAACAUGCACUCAACGCAGGUCUCAUCGGAGGAUCGUUUGUGUGGGUAACAACAGAUCAGGUAAUGCAUAUUUUGUGCUAA